AUGCAGCAUCCCAGCAAACAGCAGAUUCAACCAAUUGACUCCCUCACACCGUUCCUUGGCGGUAAAUGGUGGAUUCGCGCCCGCGUAACAGACAAGUCGGAUGUUCGCACGUGGAAUAAACCAACUUCGCAGGGUAAACUCUUCUCCUUUACACUCAUUGAUGAGUCCACAUCCAUCCGAGCUACGGUAUUUAAUGAUGCCGUAGAUCUCUUUGAUCCACUGCUUGUGAAUGGUCAGGUGUAUUACUUCAGUGGUGGUCAGGUGAAGAAUGCGAAUCGCAAGUUUAGCAAUGUAAACAACGACUAUGAGUUAACAUUUGACUCCAGUAGUCAAAUCUCACUUGCCCGUGAUACCGGCAGUGCCUCUAUUCCACAACAACGCUACAAUUUUGUGCCUAUUGCUAUUCUCAAACAACGUGAAGUGGGAUCAUUGGUGGAUAUUCUCGCCGUGGUGUUGGAUGUAAGUGAGAUCAGCAGCAUCACGCAACGCUCCACUGGGCGGGAGUUGGUGAAACGAACACUACGCAUGGGGGAUAACACAGCAGCGGUGGAAGUGACAUUAUGGAAUGAACAGGCACGGGAAUGGACGGCGGCGGCCGGCACAGUUCUCGCCAUGCGGCAAAUGAAGGUGGGAAGUUACGAUGGAGUGACUCUCUCCACCACAUUUCAAUCCACCAUAGAUGUAAAUCCCGCAUUGGAUCAUGUGAAGAAACUCGCCGAGUGGUAUAUUUCUACUGGUGGCCGCGAUAUCACAUCUCUUUCUUCUCUUGGCAAUGCUGCUGGGGCUAAUGGAAUGGCUGGUGGUGCGGGCGGAGAAACAUAUCGUGGGCGUAAAUACUUUGAUGAUAUCGCCGCUGAGGGAUUGGGCCGAUCCGAAAAACCAGACUUCAUUGAUGUUCGCUGUAUGCCGGUGUAUGUUAAGCAAGAUGCCCAAUGGUAUGAUGCCUGUCCACAGUGUAAUAAGAAAGUCACACUGGAAGGUGCCCAGGGGGAUCGUUAUCGUUGUGAGAAGUGUGAUCAGCAGGUGGUGCCCACACAACGUUAUCUCGUUUCUUUUCAGGCAACCGAUAAUGUUUCUCAAAUGUGGGUUACACUCUUUAAUGAGGCGGGUGUGGACUUCUUUGGCAUGACAGCACCGGAACUGAAGAAACAACAUGAGGCCGAUCCAACCUUUCUCACUCAACUGCUGCAGUUACGAAUGAAUCGGCCCAUGUUAAUGCGAAUGCGCGUGAAGGAAGAAAAUACAUCCAACUUCUCUGGAGCCGCCGUGGGCGCAGAGACGGAUCGUGUGCGGUUGACGGUCAUGCGAUUGACGGAGUUUAUGCCGCUGGAUACCGUAUCGGAGGAGAAGCGGCAGGCAAUGGCCGCACAGCUGAAGGUGGAAUGCGAGGAUAUGAUUAAGUGCAUUGAGGCAUACAGCUGA